UUAAAACUGCCCAUGAAGAAGUCAUAAAAGCAUUUUCAGUGACGGAGCGGGAGAGAGGUCUGAGAAUGGCUGCUGAUCAUCAGCUCUCUUUGCUUAAAAACAUCCCACCCAAGGACCUGGAUAUGGUGGCGGCACUCGAAGAAAAAGACAGGUGUAUAGAGCAGCUGAGACUAUCACUGAAAGACAAAGAUGCUCUCAUCCAGCACCUGGAAGAAGCUAAGUCCCAAGGUGGAUUUUCUGAGGAGAAUUGGUCAGCAGAGAAAACUCAAGUGUGGAUGGAUGAAAAAGAGAGGGAGCUGGAGGCUCUCAGAACAGAGCUCCAAAAUGAGAAAAAUGAAUCAGAAAAACAAAUUCAGUCACUCCGGGAGGAACUUUACGAACGGGAGAGGGAGCUUUCUAUGGAAAGGAGAAAUGCUUUGAAACGAGACAAAACUAUUCAGGGGUUAACGCUUGCAUUAAAGACCAAGGAAACUGAGAACAAUGAGCUUAGUUCCGAAUUGGAAAGUUUAAAUGCCUCGUUGGUCGAGGCCAGAGAGGCCACCCAUAAAGCUCAGAUGCAGACAUUUCAGGGUUCUGAAGAUUACCGGACCCUCCUGACUGAAAAAGAGAACCUCCUGGCAGACCUACGUUCCGAAAACCUGGCCAAAGACAUGGAGAACUGUGAACUCCUGCAGAGAAUGAAAAGGACUGAUCAAAAGCUGGCCGAUCUGCAGAUUGAGAGGGAGAGAUUAAUGAAGGAGCUUGAGGAAGCCCAGCUGCAGAAGAGUAAAAGUGACCAAGCCAUUAAUGACCUCCGAAAUCAGCUUGAGAAAUCUCACGACGAAACGGUUGAGAAAGACAAGGCGAUGGAACAACAUUACAACGCUCUUUUGAGCGAAAGCAAUCAGAAAUUGCAAAGCCAAGAACUGGUCAUCACACGCUUAAUGGACAGUGCCAGUCAGAAGGAUCAGGCGCUCCAGAAACUCGAUGGGAUGGUUAAAGAAAAGGACAGGGAGCUUCAGGAAUUGUUUGUGAAGUCUCAAAGUCUUUUAGAUGAUAAAGAGAUUCUGCAGAGGCAGAACGAAAUCUUGGCACAAGAAAAAUGUGCUGCUGAGUCUCAACAGCCCGUGAUCAAAACACUCCAAGGAUUUGAGCAUGCAGAGGAAUCUAUAUAUGCAGAAGCGACUGAAGCCCUAAGAAAAGAACGUGACAUUUUUUUGAAUCUGAUAAACUCUCUGAAAGAUACUGAAGGGAUAAAUAACCUUCAAGCAGAGCUGAACAACAUUUCUCUGUUACGCAAGCAACUGGAAGAUGGCAUUUUGGCAAACUGGAAUCUGCGGAAAGAACUGGAAGAGCAAAUCAAGGCUAACAAAGGGGAAGAGGAAUCUUUGUUUUCUUUGGGUGACAAGACCUCUUACAUGAGCAUUUGCUUAGGCGAACAAGACCCCUUAAACUUUCAGCUAGAUCAGCUAUCUCUGGAAGAACUUAAGAAAAAGCUUAUGGAACUCCUCUUGGUGGUAAAGCAGCUGCAUUCAGUAAAUCAAGACCUCAAACAGAAGCAGCUGGAUGGUUCCAAGGUGGGUUCUGCGGCACAAGAAAAACUGCAAACAUUUGAUGAAAAGGAGUUUCCUGAAAGAUCAGAAGAAAGCAACUCUCAGACGGAAGCUUAUGAUGAAGAGAUGAACACCCAGAAUUCUGAGCAUCCUGAGGAGGACCACAAGCAGGUAGUUCCUCUGGAUUCUUCAGAUGCACAGAGUUGGAAUUCCAAUAAACUCGGGUUUGAAUGCGAUCCAGCUGUCGGCGAUUGCUUUGGAGGCAGUGAGGUGGGCAAACGUGCAGUUCAAGAAAGGAGUUCACUUGUGUCUCUUUUAGAUGAAAACAGAGCAGCGGUACUUGACUCUGGACAAGAACAAAUGAAAUCUGCAAAUAAGCUCUUAGAUCAUCUGAGCACAACCGAGCAAGACAGGUUGUGUGAGGAUCUGGAGAAUAAAGACAAGAAAGAUCUUAAGCAACUGAUUAUUCAACUGAGGGCUGAACUCCAACACUGCACUGAAGUAAAUAAAUUCCUAAAGCAGCAUGUGGAAUUGAAAUCAACUUUGGCAGAGAAAGCACCGCUUGAUCCCACUCCAGAGCUAGGGAUUAAUGCAAAUAUUGAAUUGUCAAAAGCAGAAGUGAAAGACUCGGCUACACAGACGAUGGCUGUCGAGGGGAAAGGCACAGGACUGAAACAUGAAGGCAAUAUCGCAAGCUCUGAAGACAAAGGCAAGACUUCACGAUUAAACCGAAUGCAGGAACAGUGGCAAGAAACAGCAGAUCUGAAGGGCAACCACCGGGAGAACCUCCCCCUCAUGAGCAGAACAAAUAAAAGCGAUUCCAAUCAUCCAGCCAAGAAAUCCCGUUUGCCCAUUUUACUGAAAUCGUCAAGGUCGCUGGGAAACAUUCCCUUAAGUGUCCACGCACAGAAACAUGGCAUGCAUCUUCAGUAUUGCAUCCAGUCCCUGUCUGAAGAACUGAAAGAUAAAUGUGAACAACCGGAGUCACUCCGAGAUGAAUCACAGCUGAGCCAAAUCACAAGUGGGAAACCUGAACAAGAAGGGAUAUUAGUAGGAGCCGAAUCCUCAAUCCAGCUUGAUUGCUCAGAAGCAGGCGUUAGUUUAGUCAGUGGUGACAGCAAAGAAGAGAUGUGCAAGUACCAGGACAACGCCCAAGAAACAGAAACUACUGAACAUGACUCUUAUCGUGCCCUGAAAGAGCAAAAUCAAGAGGUUUCAGUCCUGGAAAAACUAGACAUUGAUUCAGCUACUAUGUAUUCCAGUUCCAAGAGUUUGCUCUCUCUCAGGCUGAGCAUAACAAGCACAGAUGCUUUUGACGAGGACACCAUAGAUGACAUUGAGGAACUGCGGCAAAAAGUUAAGGAUCUGAAGGCUGACCUGGUGAAGUACAGGACACUGCUGUUCUACUGGCAGCCUGCUCAGCAGCUCUUCCCCAGCGAUGUUCUCAGCAUUGCCCACAGUGAUGGGGAGCUGCCUAUGAACUAUCACUUUCGCCCAAUGCUAGAUAUUGGUAGGCCAGAGGCAAAAAUGCUAUCUGGAAGCCAUCAGCAAACAGAUUAUCAAAUUCACAUGGAGGAGCUGACUUUUCGAGCUACAGAAAAUCAGAAUGGAGUCACUGUUGAGAAACUUCAAAAACUGCUGUUGGAAAAUGAGACUGAGCUUGAAAAAGAACAGAUUGCAAAUAUGCACCUCCUGGAUGAAGUGUACCAUCUGCAAAGUAAACUCAAAGGCAUUUCAUCAUUGAGGUGUGACACUCCCAUCUUUUCCCUGGCACAUGAGCCUUCCAGCCAGAGCCAGGAAAUUCAAGCCAAUCGCAGUGUCUGUGUGACUUACCGCCAACACCUGACCAACCUGAUCAAAGCGUUUGAGGAGCUCCUGCAGGCCAGCGAAGUGGAUUACUAUGUUGCCGAGGGUUUCCGCGAGCAGCUCAAUCAAAGCGUCCAGCUGUUUGAGAGGCUGGAGAAGCAGUGCUUGCACGGAGAGUCAUUAGAUGAUGAAAUGACUAAACUUUACGGAUUUGCCCAAAGCAUAUCCAACUUUGAGAUGGCAAAAAAAUCACCUGUGUUGAACUCUCCAGAGCAUAAGCAAGAAGACGUAGAGCGGGCGACGGAAGAGCAGGUGGUUGUGCCAGCCAGGUUUCCCCCAGAACUGUUAAUGGAGCAUCUCCAAGAGAUUCGAAUGCUGAGGCACCAGCUUGAAGAAUCUAUUAAAACCAAUGAUCGCUUGAGAAAGCAGCUUGAGCAGCAGGUGGCAGACUCCGCCCUGGACCAAGGUUCUGCAAACGUUUGUAUCCAUGGCUCGGAGCAACAUAAUUCCCUGACUUCUGAAAUUCAUUUCCUGAGGAAGCAAAAUCAGCUUUUGAAUGUAAUGCUGGCAAAAGGAUCUCGAGACAAACAAAAGGAAAACGAAAAGUUGCGUGAAUCCCUUUCAAUGAAGCAUGUCAUCGUUGAGCGCCUUCAUAAGGACUAUGAGCACAUGAAAAAGGAAAAUGAGAAGCUGCAAAAACAAGUGAGCAAGAGGGAGGAAGAGAACGGCCAGCUGACGCAUGAAGUUUAUAAUAUCAGAAAUGAGUUAAAUAGGCUGCAGAUAGAGCUGAACGCAAAACAGCACCAGCAGUUGGAGAAGGACAAAUUGCUGCACUCGCUGCAACUUGAGCUCAAGGUGUUUGAGAAGUUAGACGAAACAAUCAGAAGUCAAAAAGAUCUCAGGCGCGACGGAUCAGAUGAGUGCUGGAAAGAUCAAAACAGCCCACUUGACUUGCACGAACUAUUAGUUGAAAUACGGGACCUGAGAACGCAGCUUGAGAGAAGCAUCCAGGCAAAUAGAACAUUGCAUGAAAAAUUCGAAGAGCAGCUUUCGAGAGGCAGGGGAGAGAAAGCCAGCUCAGGGUCAACUGUGAAUAUCAACUAUCUUUUGAAACAAGAACUGCAGCAUUACUCUGGGAUAAAUGAGUUCAAAUUCCCUACUGCGGAGAGCAACGUCCUUGACUUGCAGCAGAAGUACGGAUGCUGCACAUCGCCAUUCAAAGCAGAUGCAGAGCUAUCUUUGGAUGAUUCGGACAGAUCUUCCCAGUGCAGCUCCUCAGCUAGCCAGUCCCGCGAGCCUUGUGUUGUUCCUGGCCGUCUCAUCUGGGCAGACAAAAAUGGCAGACAUGUCCUUGGCUUGGUUGAGGACUAUAAUUCUUUACGGAAGCAGAUCUCUGAAACGCGAAAGCUGUUGUUGGAACUGGAGCUUCCUCUGAAAGCCAUGGAACGUCGGGAGCUUGGAGUAAAGGUUGCUUGCCAGGCAUCUCUGGACAAACAUUCUGCAGCCAUCUGUGCAGCACAGCGCAACUUGGAAGAAGCGGCUCGUCUCUUGAAGCUCCUUUGGAGAGUCUCGUUACCUAUGAAAGUUGUCCAUCAAGUUGCUUACUCUCUUCAGGAUGAAAGCAUGAAAGCAGAGCUGCAUCAGCUCCGGAGGAAAUUGGCCGAGCAGGAAAAGACGUUGCACAGCACUGUGGUGCGCUUGCGCUCAACCAACCAGCUGAAAGAAAACAUGGAGAAAGUCAUCAUCAAUCAGUUGGCCUUAACUCAUGACGUUUUAAAGAAGGCGAGAGGAAACCUGGAAGUUCAGCCAGCUGAGAACAAAAUCUCGACUGCCUGUCUCAGUCCGAAGAGGGUUUUGUGAAGGCAGCGCUGCCCCAAUAAAGGCCAAUAUUCCAUUCUGA